UAUCGUCCAACAAAGAAACUGAUGAGUUGACUUCUAUUUUGUUAUUGAUUUCAAUUUAUAAAGUUUAUUAAUUAAAUAUAGCUAUAACUUAGAAAAUACAAUUAAUUCUUAUAAUGUCUACUGCCGCUCCAACUGCUAAUGCAUCAACCCUUCUCCCGCUUGAAUUGGUGGACAAGUGCAUUGGAUCUCGAAUUCAUAUCAUCAUGAAGAAUGAUAAAGAAAUGGUUGGAACACUGCUAGGAUUUGAUGAUUUCGUAAAUAUGAUGCUUGAAGAUGUCACAGAGUAUGAAAAUACACCAGAAGGACGAAGGAUAACUAAAUUAGAUCAAAUUCUUCUGAAUGGAAAUAACAUUACAAUGCUUGUACCUGGUGGAGAUAUUGCCGAAUGAAUUGUAAAGAACUCACUUUGGAUACGAUGUAAAUCAAGGCUAUAAUUGGCAUAAGAAAAAAAAAAUGUACAAAUUCUGUAAUUAAAGCAUUUGUUAAGGAAACAAGAGUAUUGGUUCAUUUAAAACCUCAUUUUCAUUUUAUGUAAACGGACUUUUUUGGAUAUGUAUUUCUAAAAUUUAUAGCGCAA